CAUGCGUCCCUAAAUUGAAAACCCUAGAUGAAACCACGUCCCCUUUCUCCCUAAAACCCUAGAAAUCCUAACCAUGAAAACGGUCUCAGGGGUCGUCGUCUCGUCGAAGCCAAUCUCUCUCUCCAAAGCGACCUCCACUCUGUCCUCCUUCGUCACCAGCGACACCGGCGCGUCGCAAGAGUUCAGCGUCUACCUCCGACGCACCUUGACAUCGUUCAAGGAGCUGAAGCAGCUGCACAAGGAGCUCAAAUCGCCGAGGUCGGAACGGAAGCGAUCGCGGCGGCACAGGUCGGAGGCCGAAAACGACGACGCAGAGACCGUCGGAGAGAAUCCAGCGCAGAGUGCCGGUGUGAGUGAAGUGAGUCAUGGGCUAGAGUUCAAGCCGAAAACGCAGAGACAGGUAGUGGAUGCCGAGGGGAAGAAGAAGGAGAGGAAGAAGGGUGAAGUUCCUAAUUUUGGGGAAGAUGGAGGUGGAAUUGCAGAGAGGGGAGGGGACGGUGGUGAAAAGAAAGAGGCAUCUGAUUCAGUAGAGGUGCCUAGGAAGAAGAAGAAGAAGAGGGACAAUGAUGGUAAUUCUAAUGAAAAUGGGGGGCGAAUUGACAAGGGAGAUGGUGGGGUUAAAAUUGCAGAGAGGGCAAAUGGGGGUGUUGAAAGUAGAGAGCCGGCUGAUUCAGUUGAUACACAAAAUAAGAAGAAGAAAAAGAGGGACAAUGUUAGCAAUUCCGGUGAAAAUAGGGGUAAAAUUAAGAAGGAAGAUAGUAAGAAGAGGAAGAGUGGGGUAUUAGAAGAUGGAGGUUCUGAUGCUUCGGAAGAACAAGGGGAUAAGAAAAAGAAGAGGAGGAAAAGUUGAGAAGACAAUGACACAAUUGUUCAUUGCUGUCGGUUUUGAGUUUUCUGGGAUUCGGUGGAGAUUUCAAUUCCAUGAGGGCUGCUCUGCACGUUCAGGUUCAUUUACAAUAGUCUGUCAACUUGUUUCCUCAAGGCUUAUACCUUUUUGAAGUUUGAACAGAAUAACGCAUAAACCUAUCAGAUACCGUGGUAACCAGUUAUAUAAGAGCACUACCAGGUAUGAUAUCUCUGUAUCAACUUUUCCGUGUUCGUGUUUCCUCUUAUUUAACAAUAUUGUCUCCACCAUCUUGCUUUCUCCUUUGUCAAUUGUUCUUCCUAUUUGCCUUAAUAUAUCCAUGUCUAUUCAUGUAAUUGAAAACAAAAAAGAAGGGUACACAGUACCAGUUCAACACUAAAUACUGCAGAAAUUAUAGAAUCUUUACUCCUCUGUAAUGAUUCUUUCGAUGUGUAUGUAUUUUUCGUAUACCAUGUAUAUUUGAAUUCCCUCUGAAAGUGCAGUCCCACAUUAGAUGGUUCGUGUGUUCGUCAUACGCUCCACAGAGAACAUAUACCAUAUCCGUUUUGAAUCUUCUUUCUAUGGAGAUUGAUACAUGUCGGGAUGAUAUCCAAUCCAAUCCUCCAAACCCCAAUCUAAACCUUGGGAGGCACCCUAGCAGCCCAUGGUUUCUUCCAAACCUCACCGGAAGAAUUAGCAGAGGAGGAUGAAGCAGCCUCCCUUCGAGAUUGAAUCCAGUCCCGAGCGACAUGAUACGCACUCUUGACUGAGAAGAUACCUUUCCUGUCAUAAUGCCAUAUGAGUUUGUCAUUCGGCAAGCCGAAGCUCGGAAAGGGACAGAAUGCUUUGAACCUCCACAUCCGGGAAGAGAUGGCUCAGGAGAGGAAUGUUCCGAUUCUUAGACUCAUCAAUAAGGAUUGAAGGACACAUUUUUGUUGCCAACGGUAUCACCUCCAAGACUCAGAGCUACUUUAGCAUUUGGAUGAAGGGCCUUAAUGGCGGAAACAUGGGCAGCGGUGAGGUUCUCUGUGUCCCAGAAGACAUUAAAGUCUCCGUUGGUGGGAGAAGGAUUAUGAGAUUGUGUUGUAUAAUCAAUAGCAAAGGAGAGGAUGAAGUGAAACUCAACAUUGGAAUCAACGGGUACUUCUGUGAAAGUGACACCUUUGUUCUCAGCUCCUAUGUAUUCUCUAAAGAGCUUUGGGUUUGCUGGGGCUGCUUUGAUCAUUGACGCUGCUGUGAAAAACAUUUGAAGAAAAAGGAACGGUAGGAGCUUAAACGAAGUCAUGGCUACAAGUGGAACUGUGAAAGUUUCCUACUUCUGGGGCCAAUUGUGCUACCUCGUUUGGAGGUACUUAUACAGGUGUUAUGAUGUCAAAUUGUUGAUUAGGUGCUGGAAUUUGAAUAUGCAGACGCAACAUGCCAUCCAUUCAAUCAGCGAUCAGUCUUCUAUCGUGACAUGCUACUGCACACCUAGAAGAAAACCAUGCUGUUCUUGUUUUCAUUAGAGUGGAGUAACUUCCAGACACUUAAGCUAAAGAUAGGAUCCCGUCUUCUUGGGCGGCUAUGUAACUUUCGGGUGUCUUUUUCCCUGCGGCUGCGUGCACAGGUAUGCUUUAUCUGGGAUUGGUUGGUUUCUUCUGUAUACUAGGAAAUCUGAACUUUGUGCGACCGACACGCCUUAGCCGAACAAUUCAAUAACACUUCUUGUUUGUUACCAAAAGUGUGGAUUUAAAAUACUGCAGGCCAGUCCUUUUCUGUGUUUGUUUCUUAUAUUCCAAGAAAUGAAAAAGAACAGCAAGAAUCUGCUGGUAAAUAUUAUUGAAUA